GAGCUGGCAGAGCCUCCCCCCUAAAGGCAGAACAUGAUGGAAAAAGGAAACCCCUUUAUUGUGGGGUUGCUGAUUCUUGGGAACAUCAUCAUCCUGAUGUGCGGCAUCGCGCUCUAUGCGGAGACUGUCUGGGUCACAGCCGACCAAUACAAGGUUUACCCCAUCCUGGGUGUGUCGGGCAAGGAUGACGUCUACGCCGGUGCCUGGAUCGCCAUCUUCUGCGGCUUCGCCUUCUUCUGUCUUGGCGUCUUCGGCAUUGUGGCCCUGGCCAGGGGCAGCCGCCUGCAGCUCAUGCUGUACCUGGUACUGAUGCUGAUAGUCUACAUCUUCGAAUGUGCCUCUUGCAUCACCUCCUACACCCACCGUGACUUCGUGGUCUCCAAUCACAGGAUGGUCACCAAGCAGAUGCUGACAUUCUACGCGGCCCCUACAGCCCAGGGCCGGGAGCUGACCCGCAUGUGGGACCGGAUCAUGAUGGAGCAACAGUGCUGUGGCGCGACAGGCCCCCUGGACUGGGUGAACCAUACGUCCACCUUCCGCUCCUUCUACCCCGAGGGGCUGGCGCCCUGGCCCUUCCUCUGCUGCAAGCGCGACGCCAACUUUGUCAUCCUCAGCCCAGAGGGCUGCCGUGUGGGGCAUGUGGAUUAUAUCAACACCAAGGGCUGCUUUGAGCACAUUGAAAACGCCAUUAACAGCUACACCUGGGGCAUCUCCUGGUUUGGAUUCGCCAUCCUCAUGUUCACGUGCCCAGUGAUGCUCUUGGCCAUGUACCAUUACACCACGCUGUGACCCCCCCCACACACACACCUGCUGUGUGGCAGGGCUCCUUUGACCUGCCACCUGUGGAGUCAGUGAGGGGAGGGAGCCAGCCAGCCCCAGCCUCUCUCUCUGAGCUGGGGAGACCAUCCUGGUGACCACCUGGGCCCCUGUCAGCCCUGCUCCUGACCCCAUCGUGGUGGCUGGGGGUUGGAGGCAGCACCUCAGGAGAGCUGAUCACUGUGUAAA